AUGGCAUUUGCAGUGAAAGAGAUCAAUGAGAAUUCCCAAACGUUACCAAAUGUUACCCUGGGAUUCUACAUCUAUGACACUUAUUCCAGUGCAAGGAUGACUUAUUACAAUACUUUGAAGCUUCUUUCCACUUGGAAAAGGACCAUUCCUAAUUAUAUCUGUGAGAAGGCAAAAAAAAUGAUGGCCCUGGUUGGGGGAUUAGACUCUUCCAUUUCCUUCUACAUGGCUACUCUCACAGAAGUCCAUAAAAUUCCUCAGAUUGCCUAUUCUGUAUUUGCUCCAGUGAUGAAUGCUAGAAAAUUUCUCCCUUUCUUGUAUCGAAUUAUGCCAAGUGAUGCAGUUCAAUAUUCAGGAAUUGUACAACUUCUUUUGCACUUCCACUGGACGUGGGUUGGGAUCAUUGCAACCAAUGAUGAUGAUGGAGAAAGGUUUGUGCAGACCUUAACUCCAUUGCUCGCUCACCAUGGCAUCUGCCCAGCCAUUAUUGCAAAUAUACCAACAUUAUCUCAUUAUUUAAACUACUAUGACUUAUUGAUGCACACCUCACCUGAAUCCAUGUUAUUAACCUCAUCUGAAGUUAAUGUAUUUGUUCUACAUGCAAACCAUAGAACUAUAACAUGUAUUAAAUGGUUGAUUUAUAUGUAUGACUUAUUGGAAGGCAAUAAAACUAAAUCAGUAAAUAAAAUCUGGAUUAUGACAGCCCAUUGGGAUUUCUCGUCAGACAUUUUGCAGAAAAGUUUUGAUAUGAUGUUGUUCCAUGGUGCCUUAUCUUUUGCAAUUCACUCCAAGGAACUGCUGGGAUUCACUCAUUUUCUGCAGGGAUUACGUCCUCAUUCAGAUAAUAAUGACAAAUUUAUCCCGAUAUUCUGGCAACAGGCAUUUGGCUGUUCACUUUAUGGUGAUAAUGGAAAAGAAUGCACUGGGGAAGAGAAACUGGGCCAUUUGCCAGGGGUUCUUUUUGAAAUGAGCAUGACUUCUCAGAGCUACAGAAUUUACAAUGCUGUUUAUCUCUUAGCAUAUGCUUUGCAUGAGAUUUACAAACCCAAGCCAGAAACAAGAGCUGUAUUUAAUAGAUAUCGUCUGACUUUUCUGAAUCUGAAACCUUGGCAGGUAAUGUAUUUUUUUUUUUUUUUGCAUUCUCCAGUAUUUAUUGCAAAUGUGCAUAACAUAUUUUAGUAUAUUCAUUACCAAAGGCAAAUGCUAAUAUAUUUCCAUACUAAGACAUAUCAAUCUCUUUUUGCAAUCUCUGUUUGCUCUAUUAAUCUUGAAUAGUUUGUUGAUUGUAUCUCUACUGAAUCUAUCCCUUAAUUUAACUUUGUAAAAAAAGAAACAACAUAAUAUAGACUAUCCAUUUUCCUUUAAAAAAAAUGGAUUCUAGAUCUGAUCCUUUUGAAUAGGACUAUCCCUACUGUUAGAUGAAGAAAUACAGCUUCUCCAAGUAAUUUAUAUUCAGAAGGCACCAUGAAAGAAUUUUGGUAAGAAAUAUAUUUUAUGUUAGCCUUAGCCUAUAUGUUUUUUGGAGCCUACUAUUGUCAGACUACAAUAGCAGAUGCCAGUAUAAAAUUAAUAUUCCGCUUCUUGACUAAUGGUGUGUUCAGCUACC